AUGACGAUUUGUAAAUCUAAUUGUCUGGUUUUCAAGCUCCAAGUGAAAAAUCCGAUUGUAAAUAUCAACGCAUCAUUACAAGAUCUUGUGACAACUUCAUCUUCUUCAAUACGCGAGGGCUACGUUACCUGGCGUUUACAAAGAUUAUAUCCUGGGUUACUAAGACAUACAGAAUACGGAGAGAUCAACGAGCCUUCUUUGAAUAUCAUGAAUCAAGACUGGAAGAACAAGUACUAUAUCAGAAUUGCUUGUGGGCAGCUUUUGACUGGGUCAAUACCUGUCAAAGGCAAUGAAGCUUUUCUCAUCAAUUGUAUACAACUUUCUAAUUGUAAACUAGCAUUAGAUCCACAUUAUAAAUGUUUUGGAUCGCGUUAUAUAGUUGUUAGUUGCCCUUCCAUGAAUAAUAAAUACAACAGCAUCAACAUGUUGUUAAAGGCUGAUGUCAACUGA